GAUCGUGGUAUAUAAAUAUUUGACAGAUCGGCACAAUUCGUACUUUCGAUUUCACCAUAACCAAAUUUUCUGUUCGUCUUUAACAAACUUCUAUACUAGAGACUUCAAAAUUUUACGUAAAUCAUCAAGUGUUGUAGAAAGCAAAUUAAAUUCCAAAACAUCAUUUCAAAAUGCCGUCCCCGAGUUUGAUGGAAAUGUGUAGCCGAUCGUUCACAUCGAUCCAUAAUCAAAUCCAGAGGUCGGUUCAUCAGAUCAUCCAUUCGUACACGAAAACCGAAGUGGAAACCUCUCCAUACCUAUCCUCCAUCCAAUCACUCACGGGCUCGACUCCCGGCAAGAAGCUAAAAAGCCUCAACAGCAUCAUCCACAAGCUCGCCGAAAACGCGAGAACUCGUGGCGACCUAACAUCUGCGAUAAAUGACUUCCAAGGAGUAUCGCCUGUCAUGUUGGCGUUCAUUCGAGUCGCCGUGGCUGUGGCUCUGGAGCUGAAGCUCGAUGGGCCGAUACUCGAGGGGCUGAAGUCCCCCAGUAUCAGAGUCGUGAAAAGAGCUUUGAAGGCCGACUGGUUUUUCGCUGGUUCGAACGUCAGAGUAAACGCGGAAUACUUUGUGGAGAACGUCAUGCCGUUUGUCUCGCUUAGAACUCGAUCCGGUGUGAUCAGAAAAUUAGCAAUCGGUCUCAAGGGUUACCCCAAAAAGGCCGAAGCUUUCUUCGACAGGUUUGCCGAGCUGUACGGGACGCAAGCUAGUCUGCCGAUUCUGAACGCUUGUUCGGAAGCCUUCAUUUACGACAGGAUACUGAGGCACAAGAUCGUACUGCCUCUGAAGAGUGUGCACGCAUUGUACGAGAGGUGUCCCGAGCUGGUGAUCCGGUACCUCCAGUUGGGAAAUCCGAGAAACGAGAAUAACGCGGAAGAUCGGAAAGUUCUUGAGAUUCGUAUAAACGACUACGAUACGAUCCUGCCGAAACUAGUACGAAAGCAUCCCGUAGUUUUUGCUCAGUUGUAUGAGCUUACUCCGGAGAAGGGCUUGAAUUUGAGCAGUAUUCGCACUUCGAUAUUCCUCAAAAGCUUGAAAAACGUCCUGAUGGAGAAACCGCGCGUAUUUUUGAAGAUCCUCUCGUUGAAAGUUGUGAGCAAGAGUCUGAAAAAAGAAGAGUUCGACAGGAUGUACGAGAACCUGUUUCCGAGAGACAUGAGCGAGGCCAACGUUAAGGAAUUGUUAGACUUCGCGGAGUACUAUCCUCACGGCAAUAAGCUCGAGCUUCUCAGAAACACUUACGAGAAAGUUUACGGCAAGGAUUUGCUGAACAACGAAGCUUUCACAACCGUACCCAAGUUUUGGAAGCUUCUACCGGUACGGGAAAGGGAGAUCGUCGCAAGACGUUGCUUCGAGAUGAAUCAGGAAAAUAAAUCCGAUUGUCUCUUUUACCUACCUCCGAGGGAGUCCCUCCCGCUUCUGCGAGAAGAGAUUGCAAGUGCCAACGAGGCCGAAGAGAGGUUCGAGUUCAUCGGACAGAUGAUCGACUCGUGCAGUCUCUACGAGAGCAAACGAGACCUGUUGGACGUACUGACCUACUACUACGAGAGGCACAGGAACGAGCGCGACUUGUACAUCUUAUUCGAGAAGCUGGAAGAAGGCUUCGAUCUGAAGAGUCUCGACGUCGAGCACUGGUUCGUCGUCCAGAAGAUCAUAUACCACGCACACGCGAGAGGAGAACUGUUCAGGUCUCACGUGAGCCUUAUGAAAUCGGUACUGGAAGCAGUCCUAUACCACCUGCUCGUCGUUCGCCGAGAGCAAGACGACGAUGAGACUUUCGUAAACAAGCUGUUCGAAUUGACGGUCAAAUGCAACUUCGAGAAAUCAGUACCUACGUGGAACAUUUUAAAGGAACGACCCGACGUGGAGAAAAGUUGCCUCGAACAGUUCCUUCAGAUGAUACCGGACUGUUACCCAACGACUCACGAUUUCUGGAGCGACAAGGAUAACAGGUUGUACGUAGUGUUGAGCCUCGUCAAGAGCGUUCACAGCUACAAUUCGAGGCUCAAAGGAAACCAAACGAGCAAUAGGAUAAAAAUAGAAGACUAUCCCUGGCUGACGAAGAUGACGGAUGAGUUCUUCUCUCGUGCCUGCGGCCCAAGCUUUCGCAAAAGCCUGCUUCUUCAUCUUCUGCGUGUCGAAGCUCCGGACUUCUUUUACGCCAAAAUCGACGAGUGUUCUACAAUCCUGGACAUAGACGAUCUCGGCGAGGCCCUAAGACUGCUAAAGCACGACCUCAAAAGGAUCCUUGCCAGCUGGCCGGACUACCUGACCGAGGCCCGGGACAAGCUCUGCUCAGAGAAGAAACGGGAGAGACGAGCCGCCAGAAUGUUCAUCUCGGCUAGCAGGUGGUGCCACGAGUUGCCCACCAAGUUCGUCGAGAGGUGUCUCCUGGAGAUAGAGGAGAAAGGGAGUAUCCAAGUGCUGGGGCUACUGUUCGAGGGUGAGGUGUUUGAGAAACUCGUAGCGCCGUACCUACCGAGAGAAGCUUCGGAAACAGAGGGUAGAAAUUUCAAGAGGAGCUUCGAGACUUCAAGAGCCAUCGCUCUGGCCGCGAGGUACCCUGAACCACCGGUUUCACUCAGCUUUGCAUCGACUCUUACCAGGAGCCACGAGUGUUCCCCUGAAAUCGGAGGAACCGUCGACAGCCUCUCGCGUCGCUAUCCCGUCAAGGAUGUUCUGGGUCUGGCGGAGGAGCUUCUGGAAGGACGAUCCGUCGCCGCGAGAAAAUUCGGCGUGAGACUUCUGUUCCAGUGUCUGAGGAGAGACCAGCAGACCAGCUUUGCCGAGAUGCUGUGCAAAACGGAGACCAACAGCUCUGUUGGGGAAGUCAUAGCCGAGAGUAUCCUGGAGAUGUUCUCGAAAUCGCCCAGUGAAGACAACUGGAAGCUUGUGAAGGACUGCAUCAACAGGCUGAGCGCGAAGAGCCGCUUGCUGGAAAAGUUCGCAGACUUGGAGAAGAUCAACGUUGACCCUAGAUUCCUGGGACGAUACGUCGAGGCCUACCUGGAUAAAGUUGAGAGUUUGUAUCGAGAAGACUCGUACUCGCAACUCAGAACCAAAUGCGUGAGUUUGGUGAUUAUGAGCCUGAAUCUCAAGUCAACCGAUCGCCUGGACGAAGAGGUAAGCUCGAAGAUCCUCAACAGGUACUUCCUGGAUGCUCACUCCUUGGAGAUCUCGCAAGCAGCCCAAUCCUUUGCCGUCGGCUCGUACCUCUUGUCGUCGACCAAGGAAAAAUUUCGAGCCAGACUCAAAGUGAUAACCGCCAUCCUGAAGAAGAUCGCGGAGAGACUCGACGCUUCGCAUCCGAAGAAGCCCAGGUUCUAUCCGUCGAACUACACUUUGAUGAAUUUCUACUCGCACGCUUUGACCGAGAUCGCGGCCAGGAGGCCAAACGAGAGUCUCGAGAUGGUCGACAAGAUGCUGGAAGUAUUCGACGGCGAACUGUCGCCUUGGCAGGUGCCCACUGCCUACCUGGCGUACAACCUUUACAAAGAAUAUCUGCUAGCCGAGAAUCCAAAGGACUUCGGAACGAGGUGUAGAAAGAGAAUCACAGGACUGAUCGAGGAUCUCUCGGGCAGCGAUGUCAUGAUCAAAGACGUCGCCGAGUGCUUGGACAGCUUCCUAACUGAAGGCAAGAUUUAUCCCGAGGUGAUAAGGCACGAACUGAGGCAAAACCUGAUCGAUGGACUGCUGGAGGGCGACGACCACUACGGGUUGCUGGUCGCGAUGCUGCUCGUUAGAUCCGACGAGGUAGACGAUUACGACGGCAGGUACGACGCGAUGGUCAAGAAAAUCGGCGUGAAGAAGAAUAAACCUUUGCAGUACUUCCUUUACAAACACCUGAACGGCAUCCAAUUGAAUAGUCUUUGAAAUUUGUAAUUACACAAUAAACCAACUUCACCAAAAGCUCA